GCUUCGACCACUGCGCAUGCAGGUCCGUCCGCCGACUUCACCCCAUCCUCGAUAACGACCACCCAUCCUCCUUCCCACCCACACGACCGACUCGCCACCGUCCCUCCCGACACGGUAAUAUUCCGCCCCGCAGCAUCAAUACCCACCCUCAUUCCGAAGACCACCCUCACCCACCGCCACCAUGAACGCGCCGGACCGAUUCGAGCUCUUCCUCCUGGGCGACGGGGAGGCAAAAGUAACGAUGGAAGCGGACACGCGCCAGCCGAACACCGCGAUCUUCACGUUCAACAAGGAGGACCACACGCUCGGGAACCUUCUUCGGGCCACUCUGCUGCACAACGAGCACGUCAUCUACAGCGCCUACAAGAUCCCCCACCCGCUUUUUCCAAAGUUCGAGCUGCGCGUGCAGACGGAUGACGAUACGACGCCGAAGGAGGCGCUGCUCCAGGCCUGCCAGGGACUCAUUGCGGAUUUGCAAAUACUCAGUGGGAAACUCACUAGGGAGUGGGAACUCAAUAAGAUCGCGAGGGAUACGACAUAGUGCUGCGGACGACUUCUGCUGGGGCUGGGGCUGGGGCUGGGGCUGGCGCGCGCGGUUGUAAGGGAAUUGAGGGGUCAGAGAGGUGGGCUGGGAAGACGGGCG